UUGGCAAAGCUCUCGUUGCCUACCAGGCGCGAUAGGUAUAGGUCUCAGGAGACCUCGCGCACCCCUGGAUAUGAUGGCGACAACUUUCGUUCAUACAGGGCGGGCAGCUUCUCAAGUUAUUCCAUAGCCUACUCUAGAUGGAUUUAUACGCUUUACUUCUCGCUCGAGCAGUACUCUGGCUUAUUAUACUCUCAAAUCACCGAGCCCAAGGAUAUGGCCAAGCCGGCCAAGGUCAAGAAGGAUCCCGAGAAAGGCCAGCCGCCAGCGGAGAUUCAAGAAAUCUACGGGCUUCUAAAAGCAAUAACCGAUUCGCCUCAAGGUCGUCCCCAAGACAAAGCCAUGACGGCCCUCAAGGAGGCCCUCAAUGCUGAAGAAGAAGCGGAGCGUCGCAAGCAGCGUAUUGCUGCUGCUUCUUUCUCGUCGCGGCCGGAAGUCAACCAGGCACUGCUCAAAGAAGACCCCGUGUGGCUACAUGAUGCCGCUAAAUUGAUCAAGACUGAGCGAGACACUCCAGGCAAAGAGCCUCGCCUUCACAAGAAGAUCUCUUUGUCUUUCAAGAAAAUGGGUUGA